CGUUACGGUGCUGGAACUGUCGAUCUGCUGCACAGUGUUGUUUGUGGACGUCGUGUUGCUCCGACGCAAAGCAAGACUGAAAUCCUGGAAAUCAGGAGAUGCUUCCCACUUUCUCCUUGUGAGGCACGGUCACGCUGACGCUGAACGCGGAAGUAAAAUACUUCUUCCGUGAUUUCUUCAAGGUGGUGGGGGCUUGUGCAGGUGAACUCAAAAAUUACACAAGAAGUAUUGGGAAUUGCAUCGAUUAACUAUUACUCCUAAAGAAGUAAAAGAUGCCAAACCGUUCUGCCAUCCGAUUGGUCACAGUAAUAGAGUAUUUUGUAUAUGGGUGUAUAUGGUAUGGUGCAUUAGGAUACUCACUGUAUAGAGCAUAUACUGUAACAAGAGAUAAAUGGCAUACUUUAUACGAGUACGACCUGGAGGAUGGAUGGAAGGUGUUUGAAGGGAGGAAGAAGGAUAUUGCUGAUUUUGAAUGGAAAUUCUGGACCGAUGCUUUGUUUACACUUCCUGUCUUCUUAGGUAUCCUUGGUCACAUAGUAAUUGGAUGGUUUUCAACAACAUUUUUACCACAGUAUCGCCAACAUCUUUUACUUGCCUAUUCCCUGGUAUCUUUCUAUUUAGUAUUGGGAAAUCUUUCAUUUGGUUUCAUACUGGCCAAUGCCAUUAUUAUGUACACUGUAUCGCUGUUAAAGAUGCCAUCACUCUGCUGGAUAACCGGUCUUCUCCAACUUGUGAUUGUUAAUCAUGAUCCUAUGAAGUCUUGGCAGAGUGAUCUGUACGAGGAUGAAGAUGAAUAUUAUCUAAUGGUUUUUACACUGGCAAUGUCGUAUUUGAGAUUUCUUAGUUUUGCAUUAGAAUAUUGUAAAUUACCAUCCAAUGGUGAACACACACAUCCGGGUCUGUUUGACUAUCUGGUCUAUAUAUUUUACUAUCCAUUGUUCUUCUGUGGACCUGUCAUGACAUUUGAUACAUUUUAUAAACAGAUGAAUGAAGUGCCAACCAAUUUAACCAAAACAGAAUUUAUUGCGAUAUGUAAGAAUUUAUUGCGGGUAUUGUUUUGGACAUUAUUUAUAGAAGUUGGGCUCCAUUUUGUGUACUUUACCGCAUUUCACAGAAAUUUGUAUUUAUUUAAAUACCUUCCAACAUGGUCUCUUGCUGGUAUUGGAUUUACUCAUGUUCAGUUUUUCCAUGUCAAGUACGUGGUCAUGUACGGGCUACCUCAUACGCUGGCAUUAUUCGACCAUAUAAACUCUCCAAAGCAACCAGCCUGUGUUGCCGCCCUCUAUACAUUCAAGGACAUGUGGAGAUAUUUUGAUAAAGGUUUACAUGUCUGGCUGAUGAAGUACAUCUAUUGUCCACUUGGUGGAUCCAGACAUGGCCUAUUCUAUCAACUCAUUUCAUCCUUGUCCUGUUUCAUGUACGUGGCAUACUGGCACGGCGGCGAAAGUCAUUUAUACAUUUGGUGUCUACUCAAUUGGUUGGGAGUCAGUAUGGAAACCUUGGGAAACAUGUUUCUUGAUUUGAAGUUGGUGGAGAAUGUGCGGACACAACUACCAGAGUGUUUUGUUCAUCGAUUGAAAGCCGUUGUGAUGAGUCCAUCUUUCAUUAUGGCUGUCAUCUCAAAUCUUGUUUUCCUUGGAGGCAAUACCCUUGGUUCUAUUUAUUUUAACAGAAUAUUCCAGGAUGGUUGGCCGAAUACAACAUUAUGGUUUGUUCUGGUUUUUUAUUGUCAAAUUAUGUUAGUUUCUAAACUGCAAACAAGAUGGAACUAUUUUUAA